UCUUCCCCGCGAGCGGCCCAGAUCUUGCCACGUAUGCGGCCGGCGCGACCGGCCUGCGCCGUUGCCUAUAUAGGGGGAGCCGGCGACGCGCGCCAUGGCCAGCGCCACCAACCUCCGAUCGAGCAGCACCCAGCACUCGACGUCGCUCGCUCUCCGAUCCUAGCUACAGCUAGCUAGGAAACACUGCGGGAUCGAGAUAGCCAUGGCGGCGGCUGCGCCGGGGGCGGUCAGGGCGGAGAGGCUCCUGCGCGGCGCGUGCGUGGUGAUGGCGGCGACGGCGGCGCUGCUCCUCGGGUUCAGCGAGGAGACCGAGACGGUGCUCUUCGUCCGCAAGACGGCCGUCGCCAAGGACGUCCAAGCCCUCUGGGUGCUGACCGUGGCGGCGGCGGCGGCGGCGGGGUACCACUUCGCGCAGCUGAUCAGGUGCCUGUACUGCUCCGGCGGCGGCGCCAUGGCGGCGGCGUGGACCUCCUUCCUGCUCGACAAGGGUUGCGCGUACGUGGUGUUCGCGAGCACGGCGGCGGCGCUGCAGGCGUGCAUGGUGGGCCUCGCCGGCGUCGACGCCGUGCAGUGGAGCAAGCUCUGCAACAUCUACACGCGCUUCUGCGAGCAGGCCGCCGCCGGCAUGCUCUGCAGCCUCCUCGCCGCCGGCGGCAUGGCCGUCCUCUCCGCCUUCUCCGCCCGCCGCCUCUUCCGCCUCUACUCGCCGGCGGCCGCCCGCCGCAGCAGUACUAGCUAGACGGCCCGCCAUGUUUUUAUGCAUGUAACAUUGCAACUUGACUCGAGGCACGGCUGCUUUUAGCCACGUCGUCUGACAUUGCAGUCUAUGUAAGUUUUCAGAUAAUGAUGGGUGAGCGAAAAAAAAAUUACGGAUCGAAAAUGCUAAAAAGAACACCGCUAGAAAA